CCACCACCACUUUCUCUCUCUAGAAAUUCUCUCUUUUUUUCAUGUAACAAAAGAGAGAAGAAUGCCAGCGACGGAAUUCCAAGGAGGCAACCUGAACCAAUUCAGCCGCUCCGUCUUCAGCCUCAAGCGCCACCACCUCGUCAACCCAGUCAUGGACGGCGCCGCCGCCGCCGACCUCGACGGCUUCCAAUCCCACGUCUCCGACUUCUUCCAACACCUCUCCUCCCCAUCGCAAGACCUCCUCUCCCUGUCCUGGCUCCGCGACCUCCUCGACGGCUUCCUCUUCAUCCACCACCAGUUCAAGCUCCUCCUCCUCUCCACCCCCAAGUCCCACCUCUCCAGGCCCGCCGUCGACCGCCUCCUCUCCGACUACUUCGACCGCAGCGUCAAGGGCCUCGACGUCUGCAAUGCCAUCCGCGACGGGAUUGAGCACAUGCGCCAGUGGCACAAGCUCUUAGAGAUUGUGCUCUGCGCUCUUGACCGGGACCGGACUCUAGGCGAGGGCCAGUUCCGCCGCGCCAAAAAGGCCCUGAUUGAUCUGGCUAUUGCAAUGCUUGACGAUAAGGACGGCGGCGCCAACAGCAACACUACUGUGGCCCACCGUAACAGGUCCUUUGGGCGGAGCAGCACAACUACUCCGGCCAAGGACUACCGCUCGGUGGGCCACUUCCGAUCGCUGUCGUGGAGCGUCUCGCGGUCGUGGUCGGCCGCGAGGCAGCUGCAGGCGAUCGGGAGCAACCUGUACGCGCCGCGGCCCAACGAAAUCGCCGCAACCAACGGGCUGGCGACGGCGGUGUUCACCGUCAACUCGGUGCUGCUGUUCGUAAUGUGGGCGCUGGUGGCGGCGAUUCCGUGCCAGGACCGCGGCCUGCAGGUACACUUUACGAUUCCGAGGACGUUCGGGUGGGCGGCGCCGCUGCUUUCGCUGCACGAGAGGAUAAUGGAGGAAUCGAAGCGGCGGGACCGGAGGAACGCAUGUGCUUUGUUGAAGGAGAUUCAUGAGAUCGAGAAAUGCUCCCGGGUCAUCAGCGAGUUGGCCGAUUCUGUUCAGUUUCCGUUGAGUGAAGACAAAGAAGGGGAGGUCAGGCAGAGAGUUCAGGAGCUUUCGGAGCUUUGCGAGGGAUUGAAGGAGGGUUUGGACCCUCUGGAAAGGCAGGUCAGGGAGGUCUUCCAUGGCAUUGUGAGGAGCAGGACAGAAGGGAUGGAUUCUUUAGGAAAGAGCAAUGAAUGAGUGAGGUAAAAAUUGUUGAUGAAAUGUGAAGAUCAAGUCGAACAGGCCCGAAUCCUUUGUUGGUAAUGGAUAUAGUCAAUUUUGAAGGGCCUUUGCAGAAAUUUUGCAAAGGGAGGAGAAAAUACUCUUGGAUUUAAUCAGUGAAUCAGCAUAUAUGUGUAAAUCUAAUUUGCAAAGCAUGGACCUUACUGGUCUAUCUUACUACUUUUAUUUUUUAUAUUUUUGUUGCCUCUUUGUUGGGUUUUUAACUUUUUAUUUUGUAUAAUGAAAAUUCUCAGCAAGCUUCUGGCUGCUGCUUUUGA